UAACGUUACUAGCCACAUGACAGAAAAUAUGGCUGCCUCUGUGCAGCACUGUGUGAUGGGCUGCUGUAGAAAUAUUUUACAGAAGCCUUGGAUGCUGCUUCUCUCAGGGAUCCUAAUAAGUUGUUGUGUGACCGAUAUUGAUGCAGCCCCGGAGACUGGGAAAUGGACAUUUACCAUUGUCAAUACAUCCAAACCGUUUUUUAUAAGAAAAUCCAUGUACAGUGGAACAGAUAUAACAUUGACAGUACCAUAUUUCAGCUGUCCAGAAGAGGUGAAAUUCACCAUUCAUUGGUUUUUAAAGUUCUACCCUUGUCACAAUGAGUUCAACAACCUUGAAGAAAUGUAUGAACGGACUCCUCUAGCCAGGGGUGAUGGUCUAGACCCCAGUCCAUUAGGUCGUGGGGAAUACCUUGAGCAUGAGUAUAAACCCAUAACUUGCUAUAAGGGGAUGUCCAUGUUUGCCAGUCUAAAUAAAACAAAAGCGGAACCCCGCAUUGUAGAACCACCACUACAAGACAACACAGUACAUAAAGAAAACGACACCAAGUGGUUGACUGAAGAAGCGGACAAACAGGGAGUUCCGGCUGAUGUUAUUGCUACAACAUGGAGAGACGGUCCUUACUUGCUGGUAGUCAAGAUAACGUCAACCAAGCCAGAAUCUGACUGGAAUUUGACAGCCGUUCUGGUGAUGAAGGGCACACAUGGCUUCAUCUCUGUCACCGAGUGGCCCCUGAUGAUUUUCUACAUGGUGAUGUGCAUAGUGUACAUUCUCUACGCUCUGCUCUGGUUCGUCUGGUCCUCCUGCUACUGGAAGGACCUGUUGAGGAUCCAGUUUUGGAUUGCCGGCGUCAUCUUCCUGGGCAUGGUGGAGAUGGCCGUCUUCUGUGCCGAAUACGAGAACACCAACGCUGUGGGGGAAGCCACCCAAGGCCUGCUGAUCUUCGCAGAGCUCAUCUCGGCACUGAAGAGGACUCUGGCUCGCCUGCUUGUCAUCAUUGUCAGUCUGGGAUAUGGCAUAGUCAAGCCUCGCCUGGGUACAGUGAUGCACAGAGUGGUGGGCCUCGGGGUGCUAUACUUUGCCUUUGCUGCCAUUGAAGGUGUCCUGAGGAUCACAGGGGCCAAAGACUCUGACCUGGCCCUGCUGGCCAACAUUCCCCUGGCUCUGCUUGACUCCUCUCUCUGCUGGUGGAUGUUUUUCUCUCUCUCUCUCUCUGUUUCUCUCAUUCUCUCUCUUUCUCUGUUUCUCUUUCUUUCUCUCUCUCUGUUUCUCUCUUUCUUUCUCUUUCUUACUUUCUCUCUCUGUUUUUCUCUCUCUCUCUCUCUCUAGGACUGGAUGGAGCUGUGGGUGGAUGAUGCUUUCUGGAGGUUCCUGUUCUCCAUCAUCCUGCUGGUCAUCAUGUUCCUCUGGAGGCCCUCUGCAAACAAUCAAAGGUAUGCAUUCACACCUUUGAUGGACGACUCGGACGACGAAGACAUUGAGGAGUUUCUCGUGUCUGCUAAUAUGGCUGAUGGCAUAAAGCUGAGAACGUCCAAGAAUGAGACUAAUGGAACAGCAGCCAAACCUGCGGCCAACCCAGAUGAUGACUUGAAGUGGGUGGAGGAGAAUAUUCCUACCUCGCUGUCGGAUGUGGCACUUCCUGUUCUUCUGGACUCUGAUGAGGAAAUCAUGACGACAAAAUACGAAAUGUCCAAGAUGGAGUAGUUCUCUUGGAGGAAACAGUGCUACACUGCCCUCCUCAUAGUGGCUCCCCCAUCGGACAGACCACCAGUGGCCGCUCAAGAGGGACGUAUUACCACUAAGCAAAGCCAGGCUGCUGUGGCUGAAGCAGAGACAGGGGCAGGAGAGGAGAUCUGCCCAGCUAACAACUGAUGGCGGGUGCAGGCCUCGAGCGUGUUUCUUUUCUCUCUUUUUUUUUCAUUCUGAUGGUGGUUAUACCUCAAAGUUCCUUCAUGAAAGUGUACAAGUCACCAUCUUGCACCUGGUGAUCUGACCAUUGUUUAAAAAUAUGUUUAACCAACGUCAUUCAGUAACGUUUUCAACAAACAAAGCUACCCUCAUUUUGUCCACUAUACGAGGGAGCUAAGAAAAAUCUUAGCUUAUCAUGACCGUGUCUGGUUUGUUUAUUUGUUUUUUACUUCUGUGUGUCCCGUUGGAAAGUUUGCGUGACAGGAACGAGUAACUUACGAUGAUGAGUGGCAGUUCUGGUUGACCAAAGUCGAGAUUAUAUUUCUUUCUUUUUGUUUGCAUACACUAAGUGUUAUUUAUGUGUCGGUAUGAAGCAGGUUUGCUUCGGUUUGAAAAUGUAAUGUGAAAUACUGUAAAUGUGUCUGAGAUCUUUUGUGUGUGUGUGUGUGUGUCUCUGCGUGUGUGUGUGUGUCUCUGCGUGUGUGUGUGUCUCUCUGUGUGAGUGUGUGUCUGUCUGUCUGUCUGUCUGUCUGUCUGUCGGCUUGUCAUGCUGUCACAGGCUGGGCCUCAGAGUUUAUAUACGUGUUGUGUGUAAGCUGUGACUUGAAAUAUGCAUAACUGCUGUGGGGCGUGAUUGUAGCUGCAGUGUUAAUGCAGCACUAGGUGUGUUAGCUUAAAGGCCCUGCCCAUCUUUGGAUACUACAGCAAUAUAAAUGCUUUGAUUUUUAGAGCUAGGAUAGUCCUCCUUCAGCUCAUCAGCUUUUCUUUUUUCCUUUUGCUCAUCAGUCCUUGUAUGUUGUUUAUGUAGAAGUGUACUUAACGAUCACAGAAACGCCUUGGUUAAUUUAUUUCUGCUUUUGUUGUUAUGACAUGAAUACUCCUGAUCCUCAUUCUGUACCCUGCCUGUUUUAUGACUGUACUGUACAACCUUCAA